CAUCAUGACAUCCAAAAGAAAAUCAUGUCCUCCGGGGCAGAGUGUUCAGCCCCUCGGAAAGGAAAGGGGAACAGAAAAAUCGUCGGGCGAUAACAAUCUGGAUCGGAAUGCCUCGAAAAGACUCCCUUUCAAAGGCGACUUAGAGGUCAACCGGUUGGUCAUUCGCGCUGGCGACGAGGUGAACACGCGCCAGCAUUUCAAUAACGCGCACCAGGAACAGGAUUCUUCCGACGAGGGGGACGGAGCAAACGCUUGUCUAUAUUACUAUAGCUACUUCGAAAACGAAGAGGAACGUUCCUACAGCCGGCACUGCGAGAGGCUUAGCGACGUGGGGUUUCAGUACCUGUUUGAGGAAUUUCCACUGGAUUUGGACACAGAGCACCCAGAAAACGAUGAGCUGUUUAUGAUGGUAAACGAUGGUCAGGAGGUCUCUUCGCGUGAUAAUAAGAGCCCAGGAAGCCUGCGCCUACCCAAACGCGACAUCACGAACUUCUGGCAAGGAGCGAAUUGGGCCGAGAAAAGGAAGAAGGAAGCGACCUCUAGAAGUGGUGACACCUGUAUCAUGGAAAGUGCCUACCGUCCCCCUCCCAGUAGUUUCUCAUUGAGACGCUAAUUUUGUAGCGAUAUACUUGCAUGUAAUGCAGAAACGCUUUUCGAUUUUUUUUCAAUAGUUAGAUUGCGUUUUCAAUCUGACAGAUCUGCCUGCUGGCCUGGUCACGCUCUGCAAUAGAAAUAGGUACUCAUCUCGUUGCUAUAGACAGGAGGAGCUGCCAGUCGACG